AUGCGUUUGAAGAACUCAACUACCGGCCUUACCACGGCUGGACGCUGGUCUCCGAGUCCAACGGGGCCUACAUCCAAGAAUGGGCGCAUCUCGCAUGACACAAAUACGCAGGCGGAAUUCGACGCUCUCUUGGGCGAUUACGAUGCGGUGUUAGACUCAGUACCUGCCAUGUUUGCGGCAGAGUUGAUUGAGGCGUAUCCGAAGGCGAACGUGAGAUUGAAUACUCGAAGUGACUUGGAUGCAUGGCAUAGAAGUUUUAUGUAG